UCCUUAUUAAAAAAAUUAAAGUAAACACAACACAACCCAAUCUUUGCAACCCCCAACUAAAAAUCCCACAUAGGGAAUAUUUGUGUCUGCACGAGUUUUUUAAUAACAUCAAACUACACAAAAUUAACAUAUAUAAUCAUCGUUUUUAAUGAAUUUCUUGUCCACUAGCUUCUAUUAUUAUCAAAUAGACUAUGAUUACUACCUUCUAUUAUUACCAAAUGCAUCACGUUAGUUGUCCUAGCUCUAUUCUUUACUGUCUGGGCUCCAACAUAUAUACCUCACAAUAAUACAUCCACAACUUCCUUUCCUCUUUCAUCACCUACUAAAAAGGAAUCAAACUCAUCUGUUCACUCAUAGUAAAUGCUUUUUCUUGUUUCCAUAGUUUCUUUCCCACUCCAAGAUUAGAUUUUUAUUGUUGAAAAAUCGUUUCUUGGAUUUCCAAAGUGGUCUUUCUUAAAAAUAUAUUGAGACCCUUUUCUUCAUUUCCUCUGUUCUUACAUAGUAAAUUGUUUUUUUUUUAUUGUUUCCUUAGUUUCUUUCCCACUCCAAGAUUGGAUUUUUAUUGUUGAAAAAUUGUUUCUUGAAUUUCCAAAGUGGUGUUUCUUCACAAAAUCUUGACACCCUUUUCUUCAUUUCCUCUGUUCUUACAUAGUAAAUUGUUUUUUCUUGUUUCCUUAGUUUCUUUCCCACUCCAAGAUUGGAUUUUUAUAGUUGAAAAAUCGGUUCUUGGAUUUCCAAAGUUGUUUUUCUUCAACACUGAUCACUAAUCUCGAGACCCUUUUUGAUUCUCUCAAGUUUUUUAAGGUGCCCAGAUAGUAAUAGUACUCUACCGCCGACAAUCUUGAAUCCCUUCUACAAAACUCCUGAAUUUUCAGAAAUUUUGAGGUUGUCUGAAUAAUAUAGUUUUUUAAUGGGGUUUUGGGAGAAGGGAGCCACAGUUUUUGUACUGUUGUUGAUGGUAAAUAGUGUUCAUAGUAUUGGGGCAAAUUGGGGAACACAGGCAACUCACCCUCUUGCCCCUUCAAUUAUUGUGAAGCUGCUUAAAGACAAUGGGAUUCAAAAAGUGAAGCUUUUUGAUGCAGAAGCUAGGGUUCUUAAUGCAUUCAGUGGAUCAGGUAUUGAGGUUAUGGUCGGAAUCCCAAAUGAAAUGCUGUCCCUUCUUGCUAACAGUGUUUCUGCUGCUGAGAGAUGGGUUGAGAGGAAUGUUUCUGCACAUGUCUCUGCUAAUAGUGUUGAUAUCAGGUAUGUUGCGGUGGGAAACGAACCGUUUCUAUCAUCAUACAACGGAACCUUCCUCGCCACCACUUACCCAGCUCUACAAAACAUCCAAGCCGCCCUAAUAAAAGCCGGCCUCGGAAACAAAGUCAAAGUCACGGUCCCACUCAACGCCGACGUCUACCAAAGCUCUACCGCGCAGCCCUCCACGGGCGAUUUCCACGCCGACAUCCACAGCCUCAUGCUCGAAAUCGUCAACUUCUUGAGCCUAAACGGAGCCCCGUUUACCGUCAACAUCUACCCGUUCAUAAGCCUCUACAACGACCCAAAUUUUCCAAUCGACUACGCCUUCUUCGACGGGUACCCCUCCCCCAUAGAAGACAACGGUAAAAUCUACACAAACGUGUUCGAUGCCAAUUACGACACCCUCGUGUGGGCCCUACAAAAAAACGGCUUUUCCAACUUAACAAUCAUUGUUGGAGAAAUAGGGUGGCCCACAGAUGGGGACCGAAAUGCAAAUGCGGCGUCCGCUCAACGGUUCAAUCAAGGGUUCAUUUCCCGUUUGAAUCAAGGCACUCCGAUGAGACCGGGCCCCGUCGACGCCUACCUGUUCAGCCUCGUUGACGAGGAUGCGAAAAGCAUUCAGCCUGGCAACUUCGAGCGGCACUGGGGGAUCUUUAAUUACGACGGUACCCCAAAGUACAACCUCAGCCUCGGCGGCAACUCCCGCGGGCUUGUUCCGGCGACCAACGUGCGCUACCUGCCGAGGCGGUGGUGCGUGAUGUCGCCGACGGCAAGCCUGGAGGACCCGCAGGUGGGGCUGAGCGUAAGCUACGCAUGCGCACGUGCGGACUGCACGAAGUUAGGGUUUGGAACUUCUUGCUCGAAUCUUGAUGCGAGGGGGAAUAUUUCGUACGCCUUCAACAGUUACUACCAGAUAAAUAAUCAGCUCGAGACUGCAUGUAGGUUCCCGAAUUUGUCGGUGGUUACGACUAGUGAUCCUUCGGUUGGGACUUGUAAGUUCGGGCUGAUGAUCGAGACUCCGGGGAGUGUGCGGGGAAAUGGCGGCGGCGUGGUCUCGGGGAAGCCAGUUGGGCUAGUGGUUCAAAUGAUUGUAUUCUUGUUCACCCUUCUUUUGUAAUUUCAUUGCAAUAUAUAUACAUAUAGAUAUAUAUGUAUACAAGGCAUAGACUUGUGAUACAGUUGCAAUUCAUUCUUUUUGCCAUAUGUAUGUAUAUCAGUAUGUGUGUCUCUAUUGACUA